AAGUACAAAAGUGAAAUCUCAGUGCACGAAGAGGCCUGCGGUGGAAAACGUCCAGAAAAGAGAAGAAAAAAAGGGGGAAGAGAUAUUGAGAGAAAGAAGCAGCGAGGAAGCCGACUCACUAAGAAAAGGACGAUUGAAAGCCGAACUGCAGCUGCUGCGUAGGAAGGGAGCGUUGAAACCGUCGGCAGACUUGGAGAGUCCUACUCCAGAUCCGGACAGGUCUUGCGGCCGUUGCAGGAUCGAAUUGGGGCGCGUUAUCAAUCGCGGCGCCUACUGCAGGGCUUGCAGACUGAAAGUCUGCAAGGGAUGCAGAGAGUACUCUCUCAGAACUACCGAAUGGGUCUGCACAGUUUGCCAUAAACACAUGGAAAUUCAGGCGGCGUCUGGCGAGUGGAUGAACGAGUUCAUUCGCCGUCCCAGCAGGAGGCGAGACAAUCAAGUUUACGUUCCUGCCGCGGACAUAAUCAAGCGGACCAUCAGGAGGUCGUGGACCAUAUCAACGUACUUGCAAAUUCUAGACCCUACUCCACGCUGGAACGUGGUGCGCUCUUCCGCAGAGAAUCGACCCUAUAGCAGUCUUCCCAGGGGUCAGGACAUCGGCAGUUAUCCAUCUCUGGUUGCGCACCAGGCCAAAGAUAAUAGCGAUAUCAACAGCCCCACGAAGAAACACUCUACUGCGAAGCGAUCCCACUCUGAGGACGUCUACAACGAUCGUCCAGAGACGAAACCCGAACCAAAGCAGAGGAUCAAUCCGUUGAUCAAAUACGCCUCGAUUCACAAAAAAUCCGAUUACGAAUCCGAUAAUUCCGAUAGCGAGGAUUCGCUGCUGAAAACGAAACGAAAGCUGCUGCAUUCACGAUCGGAGAACCCUCCUGAACCAGUCAAGAAGGUAUUCGAAGGAAGCAAGAGCGUGGAUUCCGCUCCCGUACAACCGCCGCCAUCACCUCGUAAGACUUAUGAGAAGAGGGUGAGCUUCAACAACGGCACAGAAAAAAAGAAGGAAGAGGAGACCUCCUGUUGCGGAAACGAGGAAGAGAAACCGAUAGAAUUAUGCGACAUUGAACCAAUCAGCGGCACAGUGUUUCGGAAAGUCACGGUGCGCAGACGGCGUCAGGACAUGAAGAAAAUGCAAGCUGUGGACACCGGUUGGAGGAGAGGAGCCGAUUCCGAUCUGUUAGACAUCCUGCUGCCAGAAGGCGACGAUUACAAGCUGGUGUUCAUAAGUUCGGACAGUUCAUCGAAGGAGGAGGAUGUUGACGACAAUGAUAGCUCUUCGACUGCCUCCAGUUUCCCAAUAGACGAGUGCGAUUGGGACUAUUUCGAGCCGGGCGGACCCAGCGUUAAGUUCAACUGGAACUCACCGUUCGGAUCGCCGGGGGUGUACAGACGUGGUGCAUUGGAUUCUCCAUUGGGAUCACCACUGGUUUACAGGAGGACGAGGGAAUCCGAUACAGGCACAGACGAAGAUACCACCAGAUUGGACAGCGGUUCACCAGCUUCGACAGAUAGUUACAACUUCUUGACGAGAGCCAGGGACGGAGAGGAUGUAGAAGUGCGUCACGCGAUGGAUGAGGUCACGGUGCAGUGCAUCCACCAGAAGCCUGUUGAGCAAAGCGAAUCCCCACAAAAAGGUCCUUGCCAGAGUUGCGGUGCGCCCACGCAGUAUGUGCCAAUACCUGUUCCGGUACCGAUACCGGUGCCGAUGCAUUGGAAUCCCCAGGAUUCGGUGGUGAUGUACACGCCGGAGACAUUGGAGGCUAUCCGCUCGCAGCUGUGUCUACUUCCACGCGCCCUCUGGCCAUAUCUGAACCAGGCCCCCAUCGUCUGGCCUCUGAUAAGCUCAAGUGAACCGAAUCCAUUUCUAUCCGCUCUGCAGAGCAACACCGGCGCUGCACCACAGAGCACCGCCAGUGCGCCAGUUGCGGCCGACCAGAACACCUCGGACCAGGCGUCGGAUGAUGAGGCCAAGGCGGACAGCACGAUGAAGGAGAGCAAAUUGAACAUUUUCAACGCGCAAGGAACAUUCGGCGAAGGAUAUUUGGAAUCGGAGAGCAAAUACUUGAGUAGUUCUUCAGCAGAAUCCGACUUGGAGGAGCUCGAUGAUGAUGAUGACGAUAAAGAGGCUAGUCCGAAGUAUUCGCGUACGUACAACGUAGCCGAGGUUAAUUAUCGGGAAAGUGAUGAUGCUCUGCCGAGCAGUGAUUGCGACCAACACGAUAUGAGCAGCUCCGGAUCCGAUGACACGGAUAGCGAUGAUACCGGAACCGUUGCCGACAAAAAGAGGAAGAAAUUUUCCAGGAUCUACGUGGUUAACAGCAACAGUUCCAAUAGCGAUUUAUCCACAUCAGAUGAUUCCGAUGAGGAUGGUGACGAUGGUCAGAUAAUUUUGACUUGCGUUAAGGCAUUGCAGGAAGAUGGUGAAAGAAGAGAGUUUACGGAGAAAGUUGAUGUUGGAGUGGUCGAGGGUUGUGAUGUGGCAUUUGGUGAUUGUGAUAAGAAGACUGAGGAGGGUAGUGUCGGGAGGAAGGAAUACAUGUCGAGUCCGGGUCUGUCGGAUGUGAGCGCGGAAUCGUUGAAUUCGAGCGACGUAGAGAACAACAAGAUCUCUGCGGAUGACGGAUGCGAGGAUGAUAAUGGAGCUGUGUUAUCUGAGCUGAAAGUAUUGGUUUCUGUGGAUCGCGGUGAAUGGAACGAAGCGGCGAACGCGGGGAUCCGGUCUGACGAACCCGAUUCCGUUAGCAUGGAGGGGACCGCACUGGACACGCGCUGCCGCGGUGCAAACGCAGGUGUUUCACCAGUCAUUGGUGAGCCGGAUCCAAGUGUAUUACGCCAUGCCGCGCGUUAUACGAGCCUCGUCAUGAUCACCCAGGAUUCUGCGCCGCCGUCAUCGUACGCGCCUGUCAGUGUCGUCACCACCGACACCACGACACUGGUACCCGAUAACGACGUUAUAGUGAGGCACACGAAUUGGCAAGAGGAAGCAGCGUGUCGCGAUGAUAAUGAAGAAGCGUCGUUAUCAUCUGUUCCCGAACAGCAACAACAACAACAACAGAAGGAGCAGGAACAGGGAGGACUGACGGGCUAUUUCACGUUGACGUUGGAGAACGGGCAUCGUUCGAACGCGCCCAAACAACCUGUUGUUUCUAGGAGCUUGCCUCAUCACAAUGAAGACAAUUUGGAUGUCACGGUGGAUGCUUCGAACAGUCAUCAGCGAGGGGAGAGUGUGACGGUUAUUACCGGCGCCGAUACGCUAUCGGCUGUCGUCUGUCUCGAGGAGGGCCUCGCGGACGAUGACUCCUGGGUGGAGAAUCUCUCGCACGACGAAGACGAUGAUGAUGAUGACGACGACGACGAUGAUGAUGAUGAUGACUUCGGCACCAACGAUGAAUCCUCAUCCAGCGAGGAAGUCACCUUGCAUUGUACAGCGGCCAUCGACCACGAAGAUGAAUUACGAGGAUACCAUCGAGCUGCCAUCGACUUUACCUUGCACACAAUCGUUGAAGAGAGUUGCGAGGAUAGUGAAGUGGAGCAAACAACGAAUACGAACAAGAAAAUUCGACCCACGUCUGCAACAGAUCUUGAAAAGUAUUUCUACUUUGGUUUAGGCGAUGGCAAUGUCAACCAAAACCGCGAGGACACUUUCUCGGAGACGAGCAGUAUCUGCAGCGAGAGUAUGGAUUCGUUUGCAGGCGCUGACGAUGUUAACAGCAACGAAAACGCCGACCCAGCUGAUUUAGCGUCUUCACGUUUAGAAAAGUACUUCCUUAGCGGAUUCACCAGCUUCAAAGCAGAACGACGUGAUUCCGACGGCAGCGUGGGCAGCGACAGCGAGGGCAGACCGAGCCCGGAACAACGAAGAAAACGUUUAGUUAGAGCCAGAGGCACGGGCAGAUCUCAUUCAUCAUCUUUAGACAACCUGCUAUCGAAUCCCGACCUUUCCGAACCGAACGCCGACAAUCUAAAUUCAGAGAACUCAUCAAGCUCCGACACCGAUACCUAUGAUGAUUCCAAUAAUUUCGAAAAAAACGAUGGUCAAUUCGACACCGUCAAACGUAAGAAAAAUAAGAAGCAAAAGUCGUGCGGUGCUAACUCGCCAGCAGAGGAACUCAAAGCUUUAGAAACUACGCAAGAGAUGAACGAAGAUUGCGUUUCCGACGAGGAUGGGCACAAAACACCCCAACCAUCGGAUAACUCCGAUUUCAACAAUCGCAACAAACAGCAGAGUCGCGACAGCGGCUUCAUAGGAAGCAAUGAUGAUCUGAAUAAGGAUACGCGUGACAACUCAACUCCUGAGAUUAGUGCUGCUAAACCGGAAACUAAGACGAAUCUUUACAAUAUCUCCGAGGAGAAGCGUCAGGAGGAUCGUAUCACGACGCUUUCGACACCUCCAGCGACGUCGCUCACUCGUAAGGAUAGCUUUAACAACUGGAGUUCUGAUGAGGAGACGAAUUUGAUGAUGUCGAAGAUGCGGCAGUUCUUCAAGACGAUGGUGGCUAACAACAAUUCGAAACCGACGACGCCGAUUCUCGGAUUGAAGGGAUCUCCGAAACCGAUACCGAGUCCGCGCUUUAAGAAUCGCUGCAAACCGCCGCAAUUAGUGUAUUUUGAAAACGAGCUAACUAGGCUCAUGAAGACUGUGCCGGGAAUUAGGGACGAUCAAGUGCGGGAAAUAGUGGAGUACCUGAGCAGCGAGGAUACGUGGAGUGAUUCAUACGAUUCGUCGGAUUAUACGAGCAGCGAUCUCGAAGGGACUGCUGUGUGCAACAAAUCGGAGCUGCAGCAGCAGAUCUCGGAUAGCUGUAAGCAGAUUAUCAACAAGUUCGACAGCAAUGCAGAUGAUGAAGAGGGCGACGAAGGAGAUGGUGGUAUUGUUGAUGAGGGACACGGGCUUAACCGAGAAACGGCGUUUGUCUAUCAGAAGCUUGUCGCUUCGUUUGAGAAGAUGGCAACUGGGGAUGUUAACGAGGAGAUGGUCACGCCACAUAACAGUCCUCCUCUGAUUGCGAAGGUGAUGCAUCACAUUGGUAGCAGAUUGGUGGCUUUGAUGCACGAGGUUUCAAGCGGCGAGAGCCAUGCCAGCAACAGUCCGAAGACGAGACAUUAUCACAAGAGGUUACAGCAGAAGCUGUCUUCUGCCUCGACGACCACCACGGAAGAUGACGAUAGUACGUCGGACAGCAAUUUGGCGGAUAAAUUGAGUGCGCUGGAGGACACGGUUUCCAGUUAUAAUUUACUUCCGCGUAGCCGAUCUCAUGAUUUGCUUGUUAGCGAGAACAGGAAUUUGCAUCAGAGCAGCAGCGGCGUUUCUGAUAUUGCCGAGGAGCGUGAAACUAGUGACUGUGAGCGUUUCAGUUGGAGGGGUAGCUUUGAGUCCGCAUUAUUAGCAACGGAUUCGCGUAACAAGCUCUCGCUGAUUGGGGGCGAGGGGUCAGCAUCGGCUUCUGCGUUAGCAAUUGCCGCGAAGAGGAGAUCGGCAGGCGACCUGCUCUUCUCGCACAAGAGCCUGAGCAGGGAACAGCUUGACAGGGUGAGGAGUUGCGGGAGUAUCGGCGGUGCUAACAGCGAGGAUAAGCUCUGGGUUGCGCCGAAGCCCUCGAGAAGAAGAUCCAGCGUACCGGACGCAUCCUGCGGUUCCGGCGCCUCAGCGGACGGCGAAGAUGACGAUGAGGAAAUCGAAAGAGGUUCAACCCUCCCCAGAAGCUUGCAGACCGGUACUGCGACGACAAACUCCCUGCCGCGUCUACCAACAAACACCCCAACAUCCGGGAUGCACAAGGCCCAAAGCAUGUACCACUUCCUGCAGCAGAACGUGAAAAGUGCGCGAUACCGUCCACCCGGCUUCAACAGACUGAUUCCAAGUGUUCCUAAAAGGGCUGUUUCCGCCCCAGGUCUUCAGCCCACUCCGCAGAGACGCGGUCGCAAGCAGCAGUCCAUCGUUCCUAAUGAUGAAGUGAGUUUAUCGGAGGCGCACUCGUCGCCAAUGCUGGCCUCGAGGUCGUCGAAGAGCGCGAGUCCAAGUCCGGUGGCGCACAAGUCGAAGAGGGCAGUGAUUGGAAGUCAAGAGUGGCACAACGAGGAUGACAUAGAUCGAUUGGCCACGUUGCAUAGGAGGAGUAGCCUGUCCAGUUUAGGUUUGAGAUCCGAUUCGAUGGCGAGCGUCUAUUCUGGAGCUGGGGAAGGCCGCUACGGCACUGUAACAGUUCGCGGACAAGUGGAAUUCGGUCUUCAGUACAACUACAAGGCCGCAGCUUUGGAGAUCAAUGUGAAGCAGUGCAAGGAUUUGGCGCCGGUGGACGCGAAACGUAACCGCUCCGAUCCCUACGUGAAGGUGUACCUGCUUCCGGAUAAAUCGAAGAGCGGCAAGAGGAAGACCAAAGUGAAGAAGCACACCUUGAACCCCGUCUUCGACGAAUGCCUGAAGUUCCACAUCUCUCUAAACGGUUUAGAGACGCGCACACUGUGGCUAACUGUCUGGCACUCCGACAUGUUCGGCAGAAACGACUUCUUGGGCGAGGUCAUGAUGACUUUAGAGAAUAAAGUUUUCGAUGAUCCUACACCAAUGUGGUAUAAUCUACAAGAAAGGACGGAACCGUUCGAUGAUAUCCUUUCGUUCAAGGGUGAUAUUUUGGUUGGUUUGAAGUUCGUGCCUCCAGAUAUGACCGUGCACAAGAAGGGCAAACGGUCCAGAGGCGCGCUGCACGUCCUCGUUAAAGAAGCGAAGAGUUUGACAGCUGUAAAAGCCAAUGGAACAUCGGAUCCGUUUUGCAAAAGUUAUUUACUGCCAGAUAAAGGAAGGAGCGGAAAGCAGAAGACUUCGGUGACAAGGCGUACCGUGAACCCAGUCUGGAAUCACACCUUCGUCUACGAUGAUGUUACUCUGCAAGAGCUCGCUGAAAGAUCUUUGGAAUUAACAGUUUGGGACCACGAUCGUCUGGCGAGUAACGAGUUCUUAGGAGGCGUAAGAUUCUCGCUAGGAACAGGGAAACACUAUGGGAAAGGUGUGGAUUGGAUGGACGCGACUGGUAAAGAGAUGAUUCUGUGGAAGAGCAUGUUGGAGCGACCAAAUUUCUGGGUGGAGGCAUGCCUUUCGUUGAGGCCCACCCUCGACCACCGAACGUCGUAGCUUAAUAUAAUACAGAAUGAAGAAGAAAAAAAAACGUAACGUUGAAUUAUGAAAGAAAUUUACCAUUUCCCCCUUCUCUCUAUCUCAAAAAAUUAAACUAUAUCUCUCUCUACA